AUCAGCACACAUCAUGCAGUCGUAUCGUGUCACGACUUCCAUAAUAACAUCGGUAACGCUGCAACAAAGCAAAAGGUUUCGCGCCGAAAAGAAAAACGGCAAGAAAAGUCAACAAAUUGCAAUUAAAACAAACAUAAAUUAGUUAAUAAAGUGUACAAAUGUAGAAAAUGUUUUAAAAAACAAACGCAACGUUAGUUUGUAUGCUGAAAGUGCAGCCAGACGGGAGAAGUGUGUGUGCGCUAGUGUGUGUGUGUGAGAGCAAGCGGCGCGUUUGUAAAACGGCUGAGGUGUAGAGUUUCCCCCUUCUCCGCUCUUUCGCUUACAAAAGCACAAUGGCACCAACAAAAAAACGUGAGAAGGACAAUGCAGAUAAUGUGGGCGCUGCGGGUAAUAACAACAACAACAUUAAUGGGCUGGCUAGUGGAAGUGGCCAAGGUGGCGAUGCUACAACAAAUGAAACGUUGGCAGCACCAGCCUCAGUUGCAGCUUCUGCUGCUGCUUCAUCAACAGCAGUUACCACGGAAACACACACAAAACAGAAUGGACAUCAACAAGAGCAGGAACUCUUUUUGCAGGCUUUUGAAAAGCCUACACAGAUAUAUCGCUACCUACGGAACCGCCACGAGACAAACCCCAUAUUCCUAAACCGCACGCUCAGUUAUAUGAAGGAGCGCAUGUCACGCAAUAACAAGAAACGUGCUAGUUUCAAAAUCGAUACAAUACUGGACACAAUUACCCAAAAGUCUGAGGCUGUAACACAAAACUACCUGCAUGUCAUCUAUGAUUCGCUGCAUGAGAAGCUUAAGGCCCAGGACACAGAUGACCUGUUGCGACCGGGUCAGGGGCAGGAGCAGUUGAUGUGUCAAGCGGGCGAAUCAGUGUGUGUGGAAACAACGCUCUAUAAAAUAACUCGCAGCAAGCGCAAGGAUAGCACACUAGAUUUUCAAGAGCUGCUAACCAAAAGCUGCCAAAUUGUUUACAAUCCCAAGGAGCGCAUUGGGGAGCAUUCCACCAUCAGCAUACCGCUGCAGACAAUGCGACCCAUGGGUGAACAGCAUACGCUCUACAAGCUGCUCUUUCGCAUCAAAAUGCAGCCACAAGCAUGCAACGAUGAGAAUGCAGCUACGCCACCGAACAAACGCUCACGUUCCAACGAGAAGAUGUACGGCUCCGAGUUGAUAUUGUAUGAGAAGUCGACUGGAUUUAUCACUGAGGGCGAAUAUGAGGCAAUGUUGCAGCCAUUGAAUUCAUCUAGCAUCAAGUCGUUCUCACCAAAGAAAUGCACCUGGGAGACAAUGCCCGAUAGCUACAUUCCACUCUCGCUGACCUACGAUGUGUACCAGCAGAGUCCAAUGCUCAAAUUCCAUUUGACUUUGUCCAAUGAACAAUUGCCAGAUAUUAUUGCAGCGCCAGAGCUGCAGCGUUAUGUUCAACAUCUGGAUGCCGAGGCUGAACUUAGUCACACUAACAUCAAUAAUAACAACAAUAAUAACAAUAACAAUAAUAAUUGCAGUGGCUUAAAGAAUGGCAUAAUUUGCAAAGCAACACCAGAGCACAUACAAAUUGUGUACAAUUUCAUGUAUAGCAACAAUACGCGCCAACAAACCGAGUACACACAGGAACUCAACUGUCCGUGGUGUGGAUUGGACUGUCUGCGUUUAUAUGCGCUGCUCAAGCAUCUUAAACUGUGCCACGCGCGAUUCAACUUCACGUACCAGCCGGCGGGCAGCGGUGCACGCAUAGAUGUCACCAUUAAUGAUGCCUACGAUGGAUCCUAUGCGGGCUCACCAUACGACCUGGCCGGUCCAUCGGGUUCAUCGUUUGCACGCACCUGUGGUCCGGUAAGGCGCACCUCAGUCACCAGUUUAAUGGUAUGUCGGCCGAGGCGUCAAAAAACCUGCCUAGAUGAAUUCCUGGAGUUGGAUGAGGAUGAUAUCAGCAAUCAGCGUUCCUAUAUAACGGGGCAUAAUAGAUUGUAUCAUCACACGGAGACUUGUUUGCCGGUGCAUCCCAAGGAGCUGGACAUUGAUUCGGAGGGUGAGAGUGAUCCGCUUUGGCUGCGCCAAAAGACCAUACAGAUGAUUGAUGAAUUCUCCGAUGUCAACGAGGGUGAAAAGGAGCUAAUGAAGCUGUGGAAUUUGCAUGUGAUGCGACAUGGUUUCGUGGGUGAUUGCCAGCUGCCGUUGGCCUGCGAAAUGUUUCUGGAUGCCAAGGGUCACGAGAUUGUGCGCAAGAAUCUCUAUCGCAAUUUCAUACUGCACAUGUGCUCCCUUUUCGAUUACGGCCUGAUUGCGGCAGAUACGGUGUACAAGACGGUGCAGAAGCUGCAGGGAUUGCUUAGCAAAUACGCUGCCGGCCAGGAGCUAAUGCAGCGUCAGCGUGAGGCGCAACUUAAGUAUUGGUUGGAUGUGGGCAUGCAUAAGAAGCAGGAUGAUCUAAAGCAUAAGUCGCCGCAGAAACCGGCGCCCAGUUCCAACAACGAAACAGCAACUACCUCAGCAGGCAGCGCUGCCAGCGCAAUGCAACCGCCCAAACGCAUGCCGGCCAAUCUGAAGCGCACUAAUGCCGCUGCCGCUGCUGCUGCUGCAGCGGCGCUGGAUGCCCAGGAUAGCGGUGUAGCCAACAAUAGUGGUAACAGCAGCAAGAAUGUGGCCAAAAAGAGUGCCGAUCAUCCGACCGUCAGCAAUUUGGCCAAUACACGCGAACGUCGAUCCGAUCCGGGUCUAAAACGCACUGCCAGCGGUGGACGUCUCAGUGCCCCCGAAAGCAGAACUGCCAACUCUAUGUCUAAGCGUAAACUCAGCCCCAAAGACACUGCUGUGAUCGGCAAACGGCAACGCUACAGCGACGGCAGCACCAGCGGCAAUGGACCAACGACGACGCGCAACAAAAGCAAUAAUCAUACACUGCCAGCAAAUAGCAAUAGCAACACCAACAACAAGCGACGUCGCUCCACAUUGCAGCGCAGUGGCAGUAACGCCAGUAGCGCAGCGCAUGGACUGCGCACGCGUCUCUCUGUGCCUGUGACCAAAUACGAGAGGCGCUGACGCAAGCGGCGCUGCUGCCGUUGCUGCUGUUGAAAACAACAAGG